AUGCCACGAGGCAAGCGAGGCGGCGGCAGGUUCAACAGAGGAGGCAAAGGUGGAAGAGGUCGUAGUGGUGGUGGAGGAGGCGGUGGAGGCCACAGACAAUAUCAGGAGCGACUCUCCUUCGAUCAAGUACCCAAGAACAACGAGAAGCUCGAGCGAUUCUACAACACCCUCGGCAUAAUCCCCGAUGGCGACGAGAGAGCCGCUUUCUGGGCGACUCUGCGUAGAGAAUUGCCCAACUCAUUCCGCUUUACCGGAUCAAAGGGUCAUGCUCUGGCCGUGCGCGAGAACCUCGUCCAGCGAUAUUUCCCAUUGAUCAAAGAGAUUACGCACGAUGGCCGACCUGUCAAGCUUCCGACAGAGAUGCCGUGGUACCCGAACGGGCUUGCAUAUCGCAUGGACACUCCAAAGAACGUCGUGAGGAAGUACGAGCAUUUCAAGGAAUUUCAAAAGUUCUUGGUCAGUGAGACUGGUGUGGGCAAUAUUAGCAGGCAAGAGGAGGUCAGCAUGAUACCACCGUUCCUGCUGGACGUACAGCCUCAGCAUACAGUGUUGGAUCUCUGUGCUGCGCCUGGCAGCAAGAGUGCGCAGCUCAUUGAGAUGAUCCACGCUGGCGAGGAAGACCGCGUGGCGCAAGCCAUUGCACGUGCGAAUAAUGGGGAGCCCACUGCCGAAGACGAUGGCCGUGCUACUGGCAUGCUGAUCGCAAACGACAUGAACUACAAGCGGGCUCAGAUGCUGGUCCAUCAGGUCAAGCGCCUCAACUCGCCCAAUUUGGUGGUCACUUGUCACGAUGCGACCAUGUUCCCUUCUAUCAAGCUUCUAUCCGAAGAGAAGCAAACGAAAGGAAAGUACUUGAAGUUCGAUCGCAUCCUGGCUGAUGUACCGUGCAGCGGCGACGGCACCUGCAGAAAGAACCCGAGUAUCUGGAAGGAGUGGACCCCACAGAACGGGCUUGGUCUGUACCAGACGCAGGUCAGGAUCCUGACCAGGGCGCUUCAGAUGCUGAAGGUAGGUGGUCGCGUGGUGUACAGCACUUGCAGCAUGAACCCUGUGGAGGAUGAAGCUGUGAUUGCUUCAGCGAUCGAGCGAUGCGGCGGCGUUGAUAAGGUCAAGCUUGUCGAUUGCUCGGAUAUGCUGCCAGGACUUGUGCGAAGCCCAGGUCUCACGGACUGGAAAGUCAUGGCUCGAGGGGGUGAGAUCUACGAGUCUUGGGCGGAGGCGAGACAGUUCGAGGAGGCCAAGGAGGGCAGCAGAAUUGUGCCAGGAAUGUUCCCGCCCGAGCCAGAGGAGAGGAUUCCGCUCGAGCGAUGUUGGCGUGUCUAUCCACACCAGCAAGAUACUGGCGGGUUCUUCAUUGUCGCCCUGGAGAAGCAGAGCGAGAUCAAGGCUAAGCCUGAGAACGAGAGCAAGAGUGUGAACAAGAACUGGCAAUUUGUGCCACCCGUUGCAGCUCCCAUUCAAGCCGAGAAGGCUCCUGAUGGAGAGGCCGUGCCCUCGUCUACUGAUUUCGACAAGACUCUGGAGGAAAUUGCAACAGGUAAUACCGACAAGGCUACCGUCGUUCCCGAUGCGCCGUCCGGAAACACCACUGCGGCACAGCGUCAGAAUACCCUUGACGACGGCGUGGCUGCAGCAGGCACUAAGAGAGCUGCUCCCGAAGACCAGAGUGCUCCUUCGUCCGCGAAGAAGGCCAAAGUCAGUGAAGAAGGCGUUGCUAUUUCUGUGGACGUCAAGGACGCGGUGUCGGAGGCUCCGUUUGAAAAGACCAUUCCUCACCAGGCAAUGCAGCCACUUGCGAGGCGGAAGGAUGAUCCGACGGAAGAGUCGUUCAAAUACCUCACAGCCGAACAUCCGGAACUGCUCUCCAUCUACAAAUUCUACGAGCUGCAUCCCUCCUUCCCGCGCGACCGAUUUCUGGUCCGCAACCCGGCAGGCGAUCCCGUGAAGGGCAUCUACUAUACUUCGCAGCUAGUCAAGGAAAUCCUGAGGCAGAACGAGAAGAGUGGCAUGAAGUUUGUACAUGCGGGCGUCAAGAUGUUCAUGAAACAGGACGCGCAAGGCCAGAACAUCUGCGCUUGGCGUAUUCAAACGGAGGGUCUCCCGAUCAUUGAAGGAUGGGUUGGAGAGGGUAGGGUGGUCCGCCUGCGGCAGAAGAAGACGUUACGAAAGCUGCUCGUGGAGAUGUUCCCAAGGAUACUCACUGAGAAGCAUGAAGACGGUAGCGAGAGCGGCGGCUGGAAAGAUUUGGGUGAGAUCGGAGAGCAGGUGAAAGGCAUGGGGAUGGGGUGCUGCGUGAUGCGCGUGCAGCCUGCGCCUGAGCUGGGGGAUGAGGGAUUCUCGGAGCCUCUCACGUUGCCACUCUGGCGCAGCAUGCACAGCGUCAAUCUCAUGCUGCCGAAGGAAGACCGGAAAGCCAUGCUUUUGCGGAUUUUCAACGAGGACAUUGAACUCAUCAAUCACGCGGACAACAAGAAGGCCGGCGCUCACCAAGACCAGAAUGGCAGUACGAAGGGCAGCAUUCCCGCAGAGGACGUUGCUCGUGAGGUGGAAGAGAAGAACAUGAGGGACGGUGAUGAGGACGAUGCGGGAGGGGUAGCACCCAACGGCGCGAUCGAUCCAGUCUCGGGGCUGCCCGUGUCUGGCGAAGGCGGCGUGGCCUUGGAGCAAAAAGCGAUGCAUGCGGAAGAUGAAGUAGAGGCGAAGCGGCUAGAAGUCUUGGAAGAUGAAGAGCGCAAGGUUGCGGAAGCGAUGCCUGAGCGCGAGGGCGAAGGGGACGAUUACAAUGCGACGGUAUGA